UAGGCCUUUAGCUCUGUGCUUUCCAUCAUUAUUGCUUGAACACUGAAUUGCAGUGUCUUCCAAGCAAGUUGAACAUUAUUAUUAUUAUUAUUAUUAUUAUCAUUAUUGUCUCUUCCUUCUCUUGAAUUCCGAUCUCUUCUUUUAUUUAUUCUUAUUCUUCAGUCUUUCGAUAUUUCCCACCAGAACAAAAUAAUAUAUACAUAUAUCAGGUGGUGAUUCCAUGAAUAUGGCAUGGAAGAAAGGGGUUGCGUUGUGGUUGUGGCUCCUUCUUCUGCUGUUUAUUACUUCAACAUCUUCAUCUUCAUCAUCAUCAGCAUCUCAUCGUUUAUUGUUGGACAAUAAUAAUGGAUCGUCCUUACUCGGCCUUACACCACCCAUGGGAUGGAAUAGCUGGAAUCACUUUGACUGCCAAAUUAACGAAGACUUGAUUCGACAAACAGGGCAAUUUGGUUGCAAAAGCUUCAACAUUCCCUUCAGGAAUUAAGGCUCUAGCCGAUUAUGUUCAUAGCAAAGGUUUAAAGUUAGGAAUUUAUUCCGAUGCUGGAAAUCAGACAUGCAGCAAAACUAUGCCUGGAUCACUGGGACAUGAAGUACAAGAUGCAAAAACAUUUGCUUCUUGGGGAGUUGACUACUUGAAGUAUGAUAAUUGUAACAACAAUAAUAUAAGCCCCAAAGAGAGGUACCCAAGAAUGAGUAAAGCUUUAUUAAACUCUGGAAGAUCAAUCUUCUUCUCUAUGUGUGAAUGGGGAUUGGAAGAUCCAGCAAUUUGGGCCCCAGGUGUUGGAAAUAGUUGGAGAACAACUGGAGACAUUAAAGAUAACUGGGACAGCAUGACAUCUCUUGCAGAUCAAAAUGACAAAUGGGCUUCUCAUGCUGGACCUGGAGGAUGGAAUGAUGAUGACAUGUGUUCAAUACGCACCUUGCGUGUUGACUUUUUAUCUGCAAAAUUCACUCACCUGGUUUGGGCAGGUCCUCUUAGUGGAAACAAGGUGGCAGUGAUCUUAUGGAAUCGAAGCUCAUCAAAAGCAAAAGUAACAGCUUCAUGGUCUGAUUUAGGCCUAAAAUCUGCAACUUCAGUUCAUGCAAGAGAUUUAUGGGAGCAUUCAACAACAUCAUCAGUUUCAGGAGAAAUUUCUGCUGAAUUAGAUUCACAUGUUUGUAAGAUGUAUAUCCUCACUCCCAACUAAGAUAUUGAAUUCAUAAAAGACAAAAACUAAACAGGAUUCCAAGUACUCAAAAUUUUUUUGGCAACUUUCAAUGUUUCCAUCUUCAAAGAAGAAAGAAAACAGAGGAAAUUAAGUAGUCAAUAAUAAUAGGAAGUGUAAGGGGAAAAUGUAAGUUAUGUUCGUCUCUUAAUUAAGGUUAUUAUUAUUAUUAUUAUUAUUAUUAUUGUUGUUGUUGUU